AUGCACCAGCCACAGUUCCUCGUAUUGGGUGUUUUCUACUCCGUUGCCAAGACAGCACUUCAUCCCUCCACAUGGACACGUCUGCGCCAGGGGUCCAUGGCUGUGCUUCGGAACGAUAGUCGGAUCAUUCUCCACUUGGACUAUGACUGUUUCUACGCUUCGGUCUUCGAGGUUGAACAGCCAGCGUUGAGAUCGUUACCACUGGCGGUCCAGCAAAAGCAGAUCGUGGUAACGUGCAACUAUGAGGCACGGCGACGAGGCUUGCACAAAUUGCAACUCAUCAAGGAUGCCAAACGCAUAUGUCCGGACGUGGUCAUCGUCCUGGGGGAGGACCUGACGAAGUUCCGCAAUGCCUCUAAGGAGCUGUACCUGCUAGUCCGGUCAUUGGUCUGGGGCGGCCGUGUAGAGAAGCUCGGUUUUGAUGAACUCUUCUUGGAUGUCACGGAGAUGAUCGACUACAAUAUCAGCGUGCUGAAUCCAAACGAUCUGACCAAUUCGUUUUUUCAUCUCGAUCGAAAAGACCCAACAAUUGGAACUGCCUAUGAUGCAACUCGUUUCCAGGGCUCUACGUUUCCGGUCACUGAGGGACCACCCGUUCCCACGGACCUCUCAUCACUGGAGAUGAGAUUACUGGUCGCUUCCCAUCUUCAGGGUCAUAUCCGAAGUAAGCUGGAGCACCAGAUAGGAUUUACGGCCACCGGCGGAAUUUCAACGUCAAAGUUACUGGCCAAGUUGGUGGGCAGUGUUCACAAACCGAAUGGCCAAACGACCCUUUUACCGCCAUAUCAAUCCACCCCAGAGAACGAGAGCAAUGUGCACAGAUUUUUAGAUGAGCAUGAGAUUCGCAAAAUCCCUGGGAUCGGGUCGCGUAUGGCCCAGAAACUCAGAGCGCAUAUCACCGGACAGGAAGAUUCGGACGCGAAAGUCACCGUCCGUGAUGUCCGACUCUUCCCCGGUAUGGGGCCUCCUUUAUUAGACAAAAUUCUCAGUGGACUCGGCUCAGCGAAAGGGAUCGGAACGAAGAUGUGGAGCGUUCUCCAUGGGGUGGACAAUUCUGAAGUCCUCCAGGGUCGAGAUGUGCCAACUCAAAUCAGUAUCGAGGAUUCCUAUGGUCGUCUAGAUACUUUCGAGGCUGUGCGACGGGAACUUGUGACGUUAUCACGAAGUCUGAUCCGGCGGAUGAGAGCCGACUUACUUGACAAUGAGACGCCUCCCGGCCGGUGGCGAGCGCAUCCUCGCACUCUGCGGCUCUCAACGCGACCCCGACUUCCGCCCGGUUCCGAAACGGGCCGCACAUACCAUUCGAACCGGAUCUCACGCUCGGCGCCACUCCCCGCCUUCAUCUUCCACUUGGACGAGAACAUUGACGCACUGGCUGAACGGCUAGUUCACGAAAGCGUGCUGUCAAUGUUUCGCCGAUUGCACCCGGAUAAAGCUGGCUGGAAUCUAAGCCUGUUGAAUAUUGCCGUGACUAAUAUAGUGGAAAGUGCGGGGGAUCAGAAGCAGAGCAGUGGUCGGGAUAUCGAGAAGAUGUUCCAGCAGCAGGAGACGGUUCUUCGGGAUUGGACGGUGCAGGAACAGGCACCCGAGGCUCCAGUGGAUGUCUCGCUAUCAGAUAGCGAACAGGCGGAGUCUGACGACUGGGAAGACGAUGAACCGCUGGCGAGUCUGGACUGCACCCUCUGUGGAUGUCCCGUCCCGCUAUUUGCCCACGAAGCACACAUGAUGUACCACUCUGUGCCAGAAUGA